AUGAAAGGACCCUACCCAGAGAUCCAAGGCGGCGGCUCGUUGAUUUUGGCAUGGCAGAUCCGCAAUAAACGCGUCCUGGUAGUCGGCGGCGGCGAGGUCGCCGCUGGUCGCAUCGUCAACGUGCUCAAUGCCGACGCCAAAAUCACCGUCGUCUCUCCGCGCGACGGCCUCAACGAAGAAGUCGCCUACCGAAUCGAACAGGGCCAAGUCGACUAUGUCGACCGCAAGUUCGAGCCCCAGGAUCUCGAUGGCGUCGACAUGGUCCUGACGGCCGUCGACGACCCGGAAGCCUCGUCGCAGAUAUACAAGCUGUGCAAGGAGAGGCGGAUAGCAGCCAACAUUGCCGACGUGCCGCCCGAGUGCGACUUCUACUUUGGCAGCGUCCACCGCGACGGGCCAUUGCAGAUCAUGGUCAGCACAAACGGCAACGGCCCCAAGCUAGCCAACAUCGUAAGGCGGCAGAUAGCAGCCGGGCUCCCAUACAACAUCGGCAACGCUGUGCAAAGAGUCGGCAUGCUGCGAAGGAAGCUGCGAAAGGUUGCUCCCAACAUCGAGGAGGGUCCAAAGCGGAUGCAGUGGAUGUCAAAAGUUUGCGAACAAUAUUCGCUCGACGACCUUUGCGCCAUGACCGAAGAAGACAUGGAGAUGCUCCUGGGCUUCUACAAGCCCAACACGGUCCCGUCGCUCGAACAAGUACGCCUGCAGGAAGAGGAUGGAGCACAGCAUAAUGUAGUCAAUUCAGUAGUCAUGUCAGAAGACGGCACGAACCUCGCACAGCGCCCGCCAUACGUCACCGUCGACUUCAAGGCCCUCGCGAAGAGCGAUAAAGACUUCAAACAACUAUGGCAGCGCACGUCGGGUAAACUAGAUUUCCAAGAUCCCAGUACUACCCAGGCCCUCUCCAAAACGAUGUUAAGAGUAGACUUCGGUCUUGAACUUGACGUGCCAGAUGAUCGCCUAUGUCCGCCAAUCCCCAAUCGCUGGAACUAUGUGGCCUGGCUGCAAGGUCUAAUCGACUCCACAUCGCCAGACUACUCCAGCAGAUAUGAUUCAAGUCGCCAGGUUCAGGGCUUGGACAUUGGUACCGGAGCAUCCGCUAUAUAUACCUUGCUGUGCCUAAGAUCACGUCCAAACUGGUCAAUGUGCGCUACAGAUAUCGACAAGAAGAGCUUUGACUCCGCAGCCCGCAACCUUGCUCUCAACAAUCUCAUGACGCGUACCAAGUUACUCCAGACCACGGAGCUAAACCCUCUUAUCCCUCUCGCAGCCCUCGGGGUUGAUCGUCUCGACUUUACCAUCUGUAAUCCACCCUUCUUUAACGAUGUGUCCGAUAUGCAGUCCAGCUUGAAGGGUGAGGGAAAGAGCUGGAAGCCCAACGCCGUAUGUACAGGCUCAGAGAACGAAAUGGUAUGUUUCGGUGGUGAUCUUGGUUUCGUGACGAAGAUUGUCAAUGAGAGUCUUGUCCUCAGAGAAAAGGUGCAGUGGUAUACUAGUAUGUUCGGCAAAAUGGAAAGCGCAAAGACCAUCAUCAACCUCUUGAAGAAGCACGGCAUCACAAAUUGGGCGGUCGGUGAUAUCGAUGUUGGGUCCAGCACCAAGCGAUGGAUCGUCGCGUGGAGCUUUGGAGACUUCAGGCCACGAAAUAGCCACGCACGAAUCGAAAAGAUGGCUAAUGAGUUCCUGCCGUUCCCGACAUCUUAUCCCAUCGCACUACCACCUUCAGUCGAGCCGCAGACAGCAAAAGACGCUAUCAACACCCAGCUUUCAUCGCUCGAUCUAACCUGGAUGUGGGACGCUGUUACAUCGACUGGCAUCGGCGAAGCAAGUCAAAACGUGUGGAGUCGCUCAUAUCGCCGCGCAUACGAGCGUAAGCAAAGAGAAGGUCUCGUUGACAUGAAGCAAGAUCGAAAGAUCGAGCUGGCAUUUCGUAUCCGGGUCGUGGAGUUGGCGCGUGAGGUAGUCGUUGAGUGGUUAAGAGGCACGGAUCAGGUGUUGUGGGAGAGCUUGUGUGGGCUUAUACACCGACAUUUCAAGAAGACUUGA